GCACGACAAACAAUCAAGGAUCAGCAAUUAUGACGACUUUGAAGCUAGUAAGAUGGCCGCGGUUAUAGCUCAGGAACUCCCGCAGAGCUCUUUUAGGCCAUUAUAGUGACGUCGGCAGCGAAAUUGAGUCGGGAAUCCACCGCGCCGAUGAGCUCCGCCGAGGAAUAGCCGCCAAAUCCCGGGCCUGCAAUUCCAGGCACAAGUCGAGUCUCCGUUUUUGUCGCCCGCCAAACGAUUCUCAAAUCUCCAGCAAUCCAUUGAUUCCCGCCUCUCCCUCUCGUCCACCCUCUCGACGCAUAUCCCGAGGUUACAAUGGCUGGUAUCGCUACCUACACUAUUGCUGGCCGACAAGUCGGCGGCCACUACCUUGCCAUGGGCUGGUUGGCUACCCUCUUCGGCGGUGCCUACUAUGCUACUUCUGGCCCCAAGAAGCCCGCCUCUGCCGUCGCUACCCCCCCGAUCAACGCUUCCAGCUCUGACGAGGCCGACUUCAUCAACUUGGACUACCAGGAGCGUAAUGAAAUUCAUGACGAGGGUGUUGCUGCUAACUGGUGGCUUUGCUCAGAGAGCUUCAAUUGGCAGGCGACUAAGGGAUAUAAGCAUAUACAGAGAACUGUCUCGCGAUCCCCGUUAAUGCGAAGAUGCUGCUUAGCCGGCAGAAUCGCAUAUCCAGCGCCCACAGGCCAGCCACUGCAGGCGAGGUUCUUCGUCUGCAAAUCGCCGUCCACGGCCGUGCAACAAACAGCAAAUGCAGGGCAACCAACAGGGCCGCCUAUCAGCGGGCUGCUGCAGCUGGCAAUCCAGCGCAUCGCGGAGCCAACAUGCAGCCUCUGCCGCCUCCCCAAACGCAACGCUGAGAUGGCCGCCGCUGCGACUGACCCUUCGCUGGUGGGCGCCGACGGCAGCGACAUUUCGCAGUCCGUGUCCGGGCCCAAGGAGCGACACUCGCUGACGCUGGACCAACGCCGAGCGCUGCGGCGAUGGGCGAAUAACCAGACCAUUCGGCCGUCGCACAAGGCCUGCAUCGAGUGGUUCUUUGCGCAGUACGGCCAGCAGAUCAGCCAGUCCACCGUCUCGCACUCGCUGUCGCCCAAGUACUCGCGCCUGGACGGCGACAACCCGCAGCUGUCGGGCUCGCGGCUGCGCUUUGGCAACUGGCCCGAUGUCGAGAAGCUGGUGCUGCUGUGGUACCAGCAGGUCCAGGCUGCGGGCCGCCAGCCGACCAACGAGGAGCUGGGCGAGAAGGCCAAGGCCAUCUUCGGCCAGCUGCCGCGGUACAAGGAGGAGAGCCCGCCAGAGUUUUCGCCGGGCUGGAUCCACCGCUUCAAGAAGAGAUACGGCCUGCUGAUCAGGCGCCAGCGCCGGCAUGGCGACGGAGGCAUCAACCCCGCCGAGGACAUCGACUACCUCGCAGACUGCGUGCCGCGCUUCAUGGCCAUCCAGUCCGACACGAGCCCGGCUGCGAUCCGGGAGCAGGUCCUGCGCGUGGUGGGCGUGGAGUCGAGCCUCAACACCUGUGCGCUGGUUAGAGACGAAAUCAUCCGACGACUGGCAAACGCUCAUGCAGCUCCGCUAUCGGCUCUGGCGCCCGUCGAGCCCACGCUCGCCCAGCCGCCGCCUGAUCAGCCAAUCUACGCAGACGACGAUCCCGAGGUGGUGCUGCAAAACGCCCUUCGACAGCUUCAGCAGGAGGAACAGGCCGCUGAAGAGCAAGCUGCGGCUGUGCGCGAAGAGCGAGAUCGCCAAGAAAGAGCCGCUGGACUUCAACAGCAAGUGAUGAUGGCCACUCCGGGUGUUCGUGCACCUUCUGAUACCCGCUAUGCUACGCCUGGCCAAGACAUGGCCCCUGAUUUGACUCUUACGCCGAUUCAUUCAGAGGUCCCCAUGGCCACUCACGAUAGGCCGCUGCGAUGCCCCUUUUGUGUCAACCAGAGAAUGCUCCGCUCGAUCAAGGAGGCCGUCGAACACAUGUCGACACAUGUUGUGGUGUGA